CCGGCCGGUGUGGCGUUCGUCGUUGUCGUCGUAGUCGUUCGUUUUCUGUUUUUCGCGUACACACCCAAAUACACGUAAAACCACAACGUACACACACAUACACACACACACACACACACACACACACACGGCUAUUCACGCACGCACACACAUACACAUACAUACAGAUAUACAUAUAUAAAUAUACACACUCACAUCAUAUUGCAUACACACAUACAUGGAACCCACGUCGUAGGGUACCAAAAAUUACAGUGUUUUGUCGCGAACAGUGCGAUCGCUAUUUUUCAAUAUUUUUUUCAACGUUUCAUAGUUGAGAUUUUCCCCCUCAAAAUUUGAAAAUAAUUAAUGUUUUUUUUCAAGUGUCUAAUUUAGAUUAUUAUAUUAUUAUUGUUAUUUUAAUUAUACAUUUCGGUGUCCGUUCAAAAUGUGGUGUGCGAAUGGUUAGCGACGUCGCCGUUGUUAUAAUCGUCAACCUCCCGAGUACACCGUAUAAACAUUGUGGCGGAUUGACGUACAGGCGGCCUGUCGUACCUUCGGACGACGGCAUUAGCCGAGGAAGCGGCCGCAGUCGUGUCGGUGGUUGUGGUGGUGGUGGAGGCGGCGGCGGCGGAGGUGAAAGUGCGUUGCAUGCGAUGUGCGUCGUGACGCGACGCGACCGUCACUGUUAACGUUGCCCCGCGCCGCCGCCGCCGUCGCCGUCGGCCGCCCGGGCAGCGGUGGUGACGGCGAUCAUGGUGCCGCCGUGGUGGCUGCUGGUGGCGUUCGUGUUCGGCGGCGUCAGCGCCGCGCUCACGUCCAGCCGGGUGGUGCGCACCAAGUACGGCGACGUGAGCGGCGUGAUCGUGACGCCCGACAACCGGCGGCUGGACGCGGUGGAGGUGUUCCGCGGCGUGCCGUACGCCUCGCCGCCGGUCGGCUCGCUCCGGUUCAUGCCGCCGGUCACCGGUUCGCUGUGGUCGGGCGUCAAGGUGGCCGACCGGUUCGAGCCGGUGUGCCCGCAACGGUUGCCCAACGUGUCCGACGACACGGCCGCCCUGACGAUGGCCCGCGGCCGCGUGCAGUACCUGCGCCGGCUGUGCCGUACCUGCAGAACAGGCGAGGACGCCUCACUGCCGACAUCACGCCCGGCCCAAGGUAGGUGA